AUGGUCAAAUUAACUCAAAUCGACGACGAAACCCAAGCCCAAUUCGAAGAAAAGCCAGCCAGCACUUCCAUAGUUGACAGUGAAGAAGAAUCCGAAUCUGAAUCCGACGAUGAAUUCGAUGAUGACUACGAUUUUGAAAAUGAAACUAUUUACGACAGAAUUGUUGCUUUGAAGGAUAUAAUUGCUCCUGAACAACGUGAACAACUUGUUUCCGUCACCGAAACCAUAAAAUCCACUGUUAAUGCCACCUUAAACAAUGGUGGUAAGUUCUUGUGGACUUUGACCUCCUCCGCCUUAUUAUUAGGUGUUCCAUUGGCCUUGGCUAUUUUAUCCGAAACCCAAUUACAAGAAAUGGAAAAGGAUUUGUCCUUGCAACAAUCGGCCCAAGAUGUGUUGGCUCCUGGUUCUGAAGCCGCCUUUUCCGAAAAGAAGUAA